AUGGAAAUAUUCACCAGACAAUUCGCAUAUAAAGAUGAUCUUGUAUUUUUACUAUGUGAUUAUUACGAUGAUAAAUAUAUUCCAAUGAAUAUGUACGAUGUAACAGACAACCUAACGCUGUUUCCAAUAGGACAAGAUCCAGUGAUAGACUUCAUUCUACAGAAUCUGUUGGAACAGAAUUACAAGAAUGUGGUGCUAGUUGGAGACAGAAUUGGGAGUGUGAUACGGCACGUGACUAAAAGCAAGUUCGAUAUUCUGAUGAGUAUUGCGUUUCUAAGCAAUGAUGCGCUAUCAACUAAGUUUGGAGAAGUCACGUACGUUAAAGACAAGAAAUAUCUACUGGAUAAUAUCGGACAGUUCUUUAGAACACUACUUGAAUUCAACAUUCAAAACAACUUUCUGGUUAUGAUGGCAAAUCAGUACAGCAACUUCAAUAUUGCACACAUUAGAAACUUCCACGCCUAUAGAGAAGCACACAUCACAUUCCUGGUAUUCGAAAGAGUCACAAAUGACCCAGAAUUCUUCAUAUACGAUCAUAGUGAUACAGGAAGAGUCUUCGGAAUAUCCAAAAACACAAAACGAGUCAAUGACGUGGCUGCAAAAUGCAACAGACCAGGCUUCUUCUACACAACACCAGAACUAUGCCAGUUAUUUAAUGAAUUCGCAGAUGCCCGUGAUAUGACGCAAUUGAUUGAUGAGCUAAAAAGCACGUUUUCAUUUGGAAAAUACAAGUUAUAUUGCAUAAAUGAGGAAAUACUAACUGUAUUCCAAAAGAAGAAUGGUGGCAGGACAGCUGAGGCCAGAGACAUUGUUAAGGUGAAAGAGAGUGGAUUUGGUGAGUUGUUGCAGCUUGUUGAAUUAGAUAACGAUGAGUUGGCCUACCUCUUAAAUUAUGAAAAGAACCUAUUUCAGCUGGAUGAUACGAAAUAUUAUUACAGUAGGGAAAUCACAACACUAUUGGACUACAUAAAUUUGUGUAAAGAAAUGGAGAAGCACCUGGACAAGCUGCUGAACAACGACCGCAUAUCCCAGCAUACGGAACUGUACAAAAACGAAAAGAAUGGGAGUGUAUACAAUCUGUUGAACAGGCUCGAGCGAAUGAAUGUGUCACACAAGUUUUCUAUCGCAUCCAAGAAGGAGGCACAAGAAUACUACAUAGAACUAACUUCUGGUGAAAUAGUGGACUGUUGUAGCAUCAAGGACGAGCUAUUUGAGUCAGAAAGCGAAAACAGCGAAGAUGAGAAGAAGGAAACCUUUUUUGACGAAUGCAUAGACUACAUGAAGAAGACGAUGAGACAGGGCAACGUGGAGCUGGAUGAGAUACAGAAGAACAUCACACUCUUCAAAAUAUACUGGAAUACGUCACCACAUGAAGUACUGGAAGCAUAUGCGAUGUUUUUUGUGGAAAUAAUUUUGGAUGAGUUGGAGAAGAGACGGGACAAGACCAAGCAGAAUACGACAGUUUUGGAAGACUUAGUUUGCAAUGCAGCAGACUACUUCUACCUGUUGACAGAGGAACUGUCAGGAAACAUCGAUUUGCAAAAGUAUUUCAUGGAUGUUCUACAGGAGAACAUAGAGGAGGAGUUGAGUGGAUCCAUCAAAUACAACGUGUUCUAUUCGUACUGCUAUCUACUCAAAUCAUCAAGAACAAUCAAGAAGUCGCUUCUCAAAGUAUACCUGAAAGAUAUGACUGAAAAAGAAAAAGAAGAAAUAAAGUAG